GGUAAUAAUCACAAGAUAUCAAAACCAAAUCCAUCAUCAUCCCAAUCCCAAUCCCAAUCCCAAAUCCCAAAAGACACAAAGCAUAAAGCAUAAGGCGGGCCCUACCGAUAUCCCAUCCCAUCUCCCAUCCAAUCACCAAACCCCGAUCCACCCAGUCAGUCGCAAGUCCCAUCCCGUUACCGAAAAGGGUCCUUCCUCAUUCUUACUUCUCUUCACUGAAAACUACCGAAAGGCUACACUACACCCAAAAUGAAUCGCAUGAAUUAUCCAUAGUCAUCCAAGGCUGAGAUGCUCUUGAUAUCCAUAACUGAUUACAAAUCCAUUUCUUUCUUUUCAUCGUCACAUAUAUUUCCAAGUACCUGUAGCUAGGUACCUACUCGUACGUACGUACAAGCAAGAACGAAUAGGAGGUGGGAUAUUAGAUACUCAUUCACUCACUCAUUCAUUCAUUCCUCACACACAUCAGACAACCUACCAUGGUCCUUCUGGGACUCGGUCUCCUGAUCGCCUCCGUUUCUUUUCUAUAUUAUAAACAUGCGCCUGCGGGAUGGUGGACUUUUCUGCAGCGAUUAAAUGUGCAACCGGGGAACAAUAUUCAAGAUGGAGAUAGCAAUCGCAAUGGCGAUGGAGACGGAGACGGAGACGAGAAAGGGAAAGCGAAAGGAGGAAAGAAAGAUUCAACGCCGAGCAUUACAGUAGCAGAAGAACGCCCCAAAGAAAAGGAACACAGAGCAGAGAAAUCUUCAACCUCACCAUCCUCACUAUCAACCCCCCAACCCAACGCGCCCACCCUCCAAAUCUCCUCUCCAUCUCAACCCAUCUCACCACCCCCCAGCAAAGCAGCCCUCGACCGCGCCGCAAUGCCCCCUCCACCCGCCCUCUUCAAAAAGCCCACUCCCACGCCCAAACCUCAGACCAGACCAACCCCCCAAUCCCCAACCACUCCGCGCGCGCACGCUUCUCAACCCUCUCAAGGCCCCGCGAUCCCCAUCUUUUCCCUCGACGCUACGAACUCUUCAUCUCUAUCCUCCGACGCAGAACUCGACUGCGAAUUGGAUUCCGAGCCGGAAAUCCCCUCGUUCCCUGCUGCGAAUUCCGCACAGCGCGCUUCGAAUACCGGGCCGCGAGUACCUCCACGAUUAAAUCCUCUCCCGGCCUUCAACCCUAUAUCCGCAUCUCCAUCCUCGUCCUCAACCACAUCUCUCUCCGCGCCCUCUCGCGGCCCCCUCCCCAACCGCUCACCCCUCCCAAACCGCAACCCCUCUUCCCUCGCCGCGCCCUCCCUCGCUCCCCCACCAACCCACAAAAGCAUCCCCUCCAAACCGCGCAAAAAGGUCCUCCUAACCCCCAACCACUCCCCCCUCGACUGGGCACGUCUCACCUCCUCACCCACCGCCAACCUACGGAAUCUCCCUCCCUCGACUCCUCUCCUGCGCGUUCCUCCUUCUCUCCUCAAACAAUUCACCGGAAGGAAAGGGAAAGAUGCCUGGACGGUGCUCGGAGGCAAGGUGUAUAAUAUUACGCCCUAUCUCCCGUAUCAUCCGGGAGGCGAACCAGAGUUACUAAAGUGUGCGGGAAGAGAUGGGACGAGAUUGUUUGGGGAGGUGCAUCCGUGGGUUAAUUGGGAGGGGAUGUUAGAGGCGUGUUUGGUGGGGAUUAGUGUUGGAGAGGAGGAGUUUGAGGGAGUGGGAGGGUUGGAGGAUAUGGAUUAGAUGAGAAAAGAGAAGAAAGAAUUGUGCUACAGAGAUGGAGAGUUUGUGAUGUGUGUAUAUUCGGAGUGUAUAGAGUAUAGGAAAUUAGAUAGAUUAGAUUUGCCUGGAUUAUUACAUAUUUGAGCAUAGCUGUAUAGAUGCUCCUAUGAACAGCAAUCUAUUAUAUAGACAAACGUAAAGAGAUGAAUAUGAGCUCUCGAAAAUAAAUUGGAAUGUAGACAGUAAAAUCAAUCACUGUAGAAUCUAUUAAUCCAGAUUAGACCAGACCAGACCAGAUCGGAUCAGAUCAGAUCAAAACAGAUCACUGAGCAAACCA